GGAAUGCAACCAAUUGGCAAGGAAAUUCGCUGAUGAGCUCUAGGCCACACAUGUCUGUUCCAGUACAGCUUUUUGCACUUGACUGGCUACAAGGCCAUGACCUUUGACCAGCUCAAGUCAUACCACUCCGACCGCGUAGAUGCGCUCUGCCCAGGACACCCUGAGAUCGAGCACGAGGGCAUUGAAGUCACCACUGGACCCCUCGGCCAGGGUGUUGCCAACGCCGUCGGCCUUGCCAUUGCCACGAAGAACCUCCAGGCCACAUACAACAAGCCUGAUUUCGACGUUGUUUCGAACCACACAUGGUGCAUGAUUGGAGAUGCUUGUCUGCAGGAGGGUGUCGGUCUUGAGGCUUUCUCCUUUGCCGGCCACCUUAAGCUGAACAACCUCACUGUCAUCUACGACAACAACCAGAUUACUUGCGACGGUAGCGUCGACUUGACCAACACUGAGGACAUCAACGGAAAGAUGCGUGCCUGCGGAUGGGACGUUAUCGAUGUUGAGGAUGGUUGCUACGACAUUGAGGGACUCAUCGCUGCCCUCGAGAAGGCGAGAGCAUCCACUGACAAGCCCACAUUCAUCAACGUUCGCACCGUUAUUGGUAUCGGCAGUGCUGUUGCUGGCCAGGCCGUCGCCCACGGAGCCGCUUUUGGCAAGGAUGACGUUGCCAACAUGAAGAAGAUGUACGGUUUCAACCCCGAGGAGCACUUCGUCAUCAGCGAGGAGGUCCGCAACUUCUUCUCCAGCUGUGUGCCCAAGGGCCAGGAGCACGUUGCCGCCUGGGAGAAGAAGGUCCAGGAGUACGAGAGCAAAUACCCCGAGCUUGGUGCGGAGUUCCGCAGGCGUCGCGAGGGCAAGCUUCCAGAGAACUGGAAGGAGUUGAUUCCCACAUCUUUCCCCGAGAAGGCCACUGCCACCCGUGCCUCCUCUGGUCUCGUUUUCAACCCCAUCGCCGCCGAAGCCAACAACUUCAUGGUCGGUACCGCUGACCUUUCGCCCUCCGUCAACAUGAUCUGGAAGGGCAAGGUCGAUUUCCAGCACCCCGAUCUCAAGACCACUUGCGGAAUCAAUGGCAACUACGGUGGUCGAUACAUCCACUACGGUGUCCGUGAGCACGCCAUGGCUGCCAUCUCUAACGGUCUUGCCGCGUACGCGCCAAACACUUUCGUCCCUGUCACCUCAUCUUUCUUCAUGUUCUACCUGUACGCCGCACCGGCCGUCCGCAUGGGUGCUCUGCAGCACCUCCAGGUCAUCCACGCCGCCACCCACGACUCCAUUGGAAUGGGUGAGGAUGGCCCCACUCACCAGCCUAUCGAGUUGGCUGCUCUUUACCGUGCGAUGCCCAACCUUCUCUACAUCCGACCUGGUGACAGCGAGGAGACUGCUGGUGCCUGGAUCGCCGCCAUCGAGGCUAAGAACACCUCUUCCAUCAUCUCCACCUCUCGCCAGACUCUGCCUCAAUUGAAGCAGACCAGCCGCGACGGAGUCCUCAAGGGAGCCUACGUCUUGGAGGAGGACGAAGACGCAGAGGUCACCAUCAUCGGUGUCGGAGCCGAGCUUUCUUUCGCCAUUGACGUUGCUAAGGAACUCAAGGCCACCAGGAACGUCAAGGCCCGUGUCAUCAGUUUCCCCUGCCAGCGCAUCUUCGAGCAGCAGUCACUGGAGUACAAGCGUGACGUGCUCAGGAAGCACCGCGUCCCUGCCGUUGUCAUCGAGCCCUACGCUCCCAACGGCUGGGAGCGAUACGCCAACGCUGCCAUUAGCAUCAAGAGGUUCGGUCACAGUCUCCCCGGCAAGGCUGCGUACAAGUACUUCGGAUACGAGAUUGGCACCAUGACCACCAAGAUUGGUGACUACCUGGAUAAGAUCAAGUCUGACGAGAUCCUCAAGCAGGAGUUCGUCGACCUAUGAGGAAUGAAUUAAGCUUUCUGCUUGAGGCGUUGUUUUUCAUCUUGCAUUUUCAGGCGUAGCAUCAAUUUUCAUCAAAAGAUCCAUCAUGAUGUAGAUAGAUAGAUA